AUGAAAAUUGACGGAAACAGUGUUUUGAGUGGGGUUAGCAUCCAUGCUAUAUUUAUUUCGGGUUUUAUUUCGGGUUAUUUGCAGAGAGCUGCUGUAACCUUGGCUGAGUUAGGAGAAUAUACCCGAGUGGUCUCUUUGCUUGAGAACUUGACAAAGGAGAAGCCAAGUGACCCUGAUGUUUUUCGUUUGCUUGGAGAAGUUAAGCAUAAACUAAAGGAUUAUGAGGGAAGCGCUAACGCAUAUGAAAGUGCUGCAAAGGUGUCUAAGUAUCUUAGUUUUGAAGUUCUACGAGGCCGAGCAAAUGCACUACUUGCUGCUAAGAAACCAGAUGAGCUAAGCAAAUCGACCCACAACAAAGACAAGUGCACAAUGGAUGAUGAAUUGAAGGAUGGAGCAAGUUUCAUAGUUUACUUUUUGUGUAUCUUGCUAUGACUUUGUUUUUCAUUUUUGAAGUAAAAGAUGUU